AUGCGGGCUUACUACUACGACAAUGUUCCCGGUGACCAGCGCUUACCCCACGAUUACUCGCCAUCGCGCCCCGUGUCUGAAGAGACUCUGAAAGCCUUGCAAGUGGAGCACUGGGUUGUCCCGGUGGAUGGCCACUUGCCCAAGAUCAAUGCCAUUGCUGAGGAAAGAGGGUACAAAAAUAGGGAUUUGAUCAACGUGUCGAAGGAGGGAAUGGGUGAGAUCUACGAAGAAAAGAUAAAGACUUUCUUCGAAGAGCAUAUGCACGAGGACGAGGAGAUUCGAUACAUUCUAUCGGGCAGUGGGUUUUUCGAUGUCAGAGAAACACCCACAGAUGAAUGGAUACGCCUUGCUGUUGAACCAGGCGAUCUCAUUGUCAUUCCUGCAGGAAUCUACCACCGCUUCACUCUUGAUGAAGCUAACCAAAUCCAGGCUAUGCGUCUCUUCCAAGAUGAGCCCAAAUGGAUUCCAUACAACCGCAGCGAAGCAACCGACACCAACCCCCAUCGUAUUGAAUACCUCAAACGCGUCGGGGUUCGCGCAUGA